AGUUUAUCUCUUGUGUUAGGUCUACUACUUUUUGGAAAAGAAGUCAUUCAGAAGUUACAUAUACAAUGUUGUUGUUUAGUGUUAUUAAGAAUCAUUUUCCAUAUGUUAUAUCAAUAAUUUGCAAUAUAUAUUUUAUUAUUUUCAAUAUAUUAAUAUUAAAUUGGAAUAGUGAAGAAACAUUAAACUUGAUAAAAAUAUUUUGAAUCAACAAUGAUGUAUUUGUAUAUAAACAAUUGGAUAUAAGGUACGCUGAUAAUGUGAUAAAUGAAUAUAUUAUAUAUACACAUGUAUAAAAGUAAGAUCGAUAUAUUCUUAUACGUUGCUACACACAUGCGCCUAUAAAUAUAUGUAUGUGUGUGAAAAAAGUAAAGUAGAUAAUUCGAAAUAGGUAAGCAGUACAGUCUCAGAUACCAAUAGUUACGGUUCUCAGUAUUACAUUUAUCGCGUAAUCACAAAAAAAUAACGGGUGUACGUUAAAUUAUUUUCACGUGAAUGUACAAGCUUAAUUAUUUGCAAUGCAUUCUAAAACAUUUCGCAAUGGAAUCCUCCAACGUUUCUUUAGUAGAUUUUUCAGUAGUCCGACAGACACAGAAAAAGAAAAGCCUGAUAGAAUAGGCAAUCCUAAUAUAGAGGCAGUUGCGUCUCAAGCUAGUCCAGUGCCAACGCCGCCUCCGGAUCCUAUUAGGCCUAUGCCACAAAUUCCAGAUGCGGAUGUGCCAACAGCAAAAAUUUUUGUUGCACUCUAUGACUAUGAUGCACGUACAGAUGAAGAUUUAAGUUUUAGAAAAGGUGAACAUCUGGAAAUUUUAAAUGAUACUCAAGGAGAUUGGUGGUUAGCCAGAAGUAAAAGAACCCGGCAAGAAGGAUAUAUUCCUAGUAAUUAUGUCGCAAAAUUGAAAUCUAUUGAAGCUGAACCAUGGUUUAGAAAAAUUAAACGAAUUGAAGCAGAAAAAAAAUUAUUACUGCCUGAAAAUGAUCAUGGUGCAUUUUUAAUCAGAGAUUCUGAAAGUAGACAUAAUGAUUAUUCUCUUUCAGGUAGGGAUGGUGAUACAGUUAAACAUUAUCGAAUUAGACAGUUGGACGAAGGAGGUUUCUUCAUUGCUAGAAGAACCAUUAGAAAUCUUCAGCAUCUUGUUGAACAUUAUAGUAAAGAUGCUGAUGGAUUAUGUGUAAAUCUCUGCAAACCCUGUGUACAGGUUGAGAAACCUGUAACCGAGGGUCUUAGCCAUCGCACACGGGAUCAAUGGGAGAUAGAUCGCUCAUCGCUCAAAUUUGUAAGAAAAUUAGGACAAGGGCAAUUUGGAGAAGUAUGGGAAGGAUCAUGGAAUAAUACGACUGCGGUAGCAAUAAAAACGCUUAAACCAGGAACAAUGGAUCCGAAAGAUUUCUUAGCAGAAGCACAAAUUAUGAAGAAGCUUCGUCAUGCAAAAUUAAUUCAGUUGUACGCUGUUUGUACUUUAGAAGAGCCUAUUUAUAUUAUCACAGAACUAAUGAGGAAUGGUAGUUUGUUAGAAUAUUUACAAGGGAAAAGGGAAAGUUUAAAUCUACAACGAUUAAUUGACAUGGCUGCACAGAUUGCAGCUGGUAUGGCAUACCUCGAAUCGCAGAAUUACAUUCAUAGAGAUUUAGCUGCCCGUAAUGUUUUGGUAGCUGAAUUAAAUGUUGUCAAGAUAGCAGAUUUUGGUUUAGCUAGGUUGAUCAAAGAAGAUGAAUAUGAAGCUCGGGUAGGAGCACGUUUUCCUAUCAAGUGGACUGCGCCUGAAGCUGCAAAUUAUAGUAAAUUCAGUAUUAAAUCUGAUGUAUGGUCAUUUGGUAUUCUCCUUACUGAAUUGGUUACUUAUGGUAGAAUACCAUAUCCGGGUAUGACAAAUGCUGAAGUUCUUCAUCAAGUAGAACAUGGUUAUCGAAUGCCAUGCCCACCUGGAUGUCCAACCGCAUUGUAUGAUAUUAUGUUAGAAUGUUGGAAUAAGGAUCCAAUGAAGAGGCCAACCUUCGAAACACUGCAAUGGAAACUCGAGGAUUUCUUUACUAUGGAAGGCUCGGAGUAUAAGGAAGCAUCUGCAUAUUGAAGUACUAAAAUAAUUUAUAGUUCUUGGUUAUAAUGUUUCAGUAAAAUAUCGUUAAGGUACGCAAAAUAUUCUAUAUGAUCUACAACGAGAAAAAUGCAGAUUAUUACAAUUAAUAGUUUAUUCAAAAUCCGGAGUUUGUGAUAUUUAACAGUAUACUUAUAUUAAAGAGUAGUCUUCUUUUUACAGGUUUAAAUAAUACCAUUUAUUUUUUUAGUAAUACGAUUAUAAUAAUUGUUUUUGUUACAUAUUCUGGCUGCCAUAAAAUUGUAGAGCAAGUUUGUCAAUUUACAAGUUAUUAUAACAAAUUGAAUAUUGGAACGUCGAUGAUUUAAACGAAAAAAGGUGAUACAAUUCAAAUUUUAUUUUAAGAAAGUAUAUUCUAAACGUGUAAAUGUUGAUAUUAAUAUUAUCCCUAGACAAUAGCCAUGGAAGUUAAUAUUUUUAAAGUAGGAAUUUGUUGGUUAUAAAUCUUGACGAGAUAAAUGCAAUUGUCAGAAGUACUAUAAAUAUUUGACAUAGGUAAGGAAGUCACAGACACUGCACAGCCAAUUUAUGUAAACUUUCCAUCUUCUUGAAUGGACAUUUUAUUAGAAUUUGAAUUAUACAUUUAUAAGACGGAUUAUCAUCUGUCUUGACUUAUCAUUCCUUCUUCAAUUUCAUUUUUUUUUUUUUUUUUUUUUAAUUUUAUUAACAUCAAAGCAAUUUAUUGUUGUUAAACAUCUGAAAAUAUAAUACACAUGUUCAGAAUUUAUGAAAUAUUAUAAUUAUACUAUGAUAAAAUUUAUGAGUGGCCUGUUUAAGUCAAUAUAAAUAUAAGGCAAAUUUUUUAAAUAUUUAUCAUUAAAUACAUUCAUUUUAUAACU